CCAAGAUGGCGGCGGCCGGGGGCGGAUGGAGGCGCUGGUGACGGUGCGGAGACUCGCCGCCGUCUGUACCAUGGGCGCCAAUGCCUCUGCUUUGGAGAAAGAGAUUGGUCCUGAGCAGUUCCCUGUGAAUGAGCAUUAUUUUGGCUUGGUCAAUUUCGGCAAUACCUGCUACUGCAACUCCGUCUUGCAGGCCCUGUACUUUUGUCGGCCCUUUCGGGAAAAGGUUUUGGCCUACAAGGUGCAGCCUCGAAAGAAGGAAAGCCUCCUGACCUGCCUCUCUGAUCUCUUCAACAGUAUUGCCACACAAAAGAAGAAGGUGGGGGUCAUCCCACCCAAGAAAUUUAUUUCCCGCUUGAGGAAGGAAAAUGAAUUAUUUGAUAAUUACAUGCAGCAGGAUGCACACGAAUUCCUGAACUACCUACUGAACACUAUUGCUGACUUGCUGCAAGAGGAGAAGAAGCAGGAGAAGCAGAAUGGGAAGCUCCAGAAUGGCAGCAUUGAGAGUGAAGAAGGAGACAAGGCUGAUCUGACGUGGGUCCAUGAAAUCUUCCAAGGAACACUAACCAAUGAAACCAGAUGUCUUAACUGUGAGGCUGUUAGUAGCAAAGAUGAGGACUUUCUGGACCUCUCGGUUGAUGUGGAACAAAAUACAUCAAUUACACAUUGUCUAAGGGGAUUUAGUAACACUGAAACUCUAUGCAGUGAAUACAAAUACUAUUGUGAGCAGUGCCGCAGCAAACAGGAGGCACAGAAGAGAAUGAGGGUGAAGAAGCUGCCCAUGAUCCUGGCUCUGCACUUGAAGAGGUUCAAGUACAUGGACCAGCUGCACCGCUACACCAAGCUGUCCUACAGGGUGGUGUUCCCCCUGGAGCUGAGGCUCUUCAACACCUCGGGGGAUGCCACCAACCCCGACAGGAUGUACGACCUGGUGGCCGUGGUGGUGCACUGUGGCAGUGGCCCCAACCGUGGGCACUACAUCACCAUCGUGAAGAGCCACGGCUUCUGGCUGCUCUUUGAUGAUGACAUUGUAGAGAAAAUUGACGCCCAGGCCAUUGAAGAAUUCUAUGGGUUAACAUCAGACAUUUCCAAAAACUCUGAGUCUGGAUAUAUCCUGUUCUACCAGUCCAGGGACUGACAGGAGACACAAAGGAUGGACACAAGGAACAAGGGAUCAAGCUUUGUCCAGGUGGACGCUGUGUGUGCCAGCAGAGCAGCUCCUCGUGGUGCUGUAGGACCAGGACAGACCCAGGGGAGGGCAGAGCUCCCUCCUACCCCUGUGGAGGAUUAGUGCUGAACUGCCCUAACAAGAAGAGCUUUUGUUCCAGUUUUCUUUCUGGGCUUUUUUUGGGUUUUUUUUUUUUUUUUUACGUGCUAUCUUCCAAAAUCUGUGUUACCUCUACUUGAAACCCGGCUGCUUAUUUGUUCAUGAACUCAAGAAGAGAUUUCAAAGUAGCAUUGUAGGAUUUUUACCAUUGAAAGUUGGCCUGAGGCUAUACCUUGGUUUCUGCCAUCGUUUUUCUGUAUUUUAGCAGAAUGAUUUCAAUAUUCAGUGUCAGCUGAAGGCAUAUUUUAGGAUAUGAGCAGCAGCUGCUUGCUGGAUAUUUUUGGUGACUCAGACUUGAGAAGCAGUACAAAGCUAAGACAUAUUGGAAAUGUCAAGUCUGUAAUUUUUAUAAAGAAAAAGCAGACAAACCCUUCUCUCUGCAGCAUUGUAAACCUCUCCAUUGUGCAUUCUCUUGGGUUUAGAGAACACUAACAGCACUGCUUCUUUUUGUACUCUUCUUUGUGCUGUUCUGUUCCUCCUGCAGAAGGCAGAGAGGUGUCUCCACAGCCAGCCUCUGCUGCUGUGCAUUUUCCUUUGCAAGCAGCAGCUUUGCCUCCAGUUGCUGCAGGUUCCAGGGGAGCAGAGCAGCCCUGAGCUGUCAAAGACCAUCUCUGCUGUAGAAAAGUUGGGAAUUCCAGCCUUUCUUGGAGCUGUUGCAUAAACCAAAAGUGCCCUCAUUCUGAAGCAGGAUCUGUUCCACAUUUCACUCAAUUCCAAGCAAACUGAUGCAAGUUGCAUUUUGAAUCUAUGCUAAUCCACAGAAACAGCACCAGUUGGGAAGGGUUGGCCAAGGGAAGGUGUUUAGGGAACUAAUCCAGGAGUUCUGAGUCUUCAGGGUGAUGAACAGUGAGAAGGAAAACCAACCAACCCAGCAGACAUGACCUGGUCAGUGUUGAGCCAUUGCUGGUGAUGUUUUUCUCCAUCUGGGAAUCAUAACCCCCCUAAAAUGCUUCUGAUUGUUUUACCUCUCUAGGCCUUGCUUCCCAGGGGAGAUGGUUGGUCUGUUGAAGACUGAAAUGAAGCAAUUAUCUGUUAUGUGUGUAUAUUCUAAUCUCAAGGAUAACUAGGAAGAAAAGACUAAAGAAGUUGGUGAGAAAUCUCAGAAAAUCUUGUGCAAGUUUCUUUUGGAGAAGUGCUGUUGCUGUGCCAAAGCCUGUCACAGCUGGCUCCAGCCUCCCAGUGGGAAUGUGUCCUGCUGGGUC